AUGAGGCAGGUUUUCACCGCGUUUCAGAACGGCAUCCAGGGCUCUGAGCUCUCCUUUGAGGAGUCCAAGUCCAAGUUCCGGUCGUCGAGUCCCCAGGAGGGCCGCAAACCGUACACGCCGCUGCCCCAUGACGACACCCCCUGUUGGAUCAACGAACACGUGGAGCACGAGGAUUUGCUGCUGCCCCACUCCGGGCAGGCUGUCAACCUGACAUACGGCUGGAAGCACUUUCUCUUCGAGGAAUACGACGUCACCUUUCUGCAAACCCAACUUCCGAACCUGCGCGCUGGCAGGCUCCCUGACGUCAUCGUCAUCUCAUCGGGGCUUCACAACUGUUACCACUUCAAAGACGCCCGGGCGUGGGAGGAUCAGCGCGAUCUGGACGCGUUUCUCACUGAGCUAGACCGCGUCCCGUACGCUUUGCCGCCCAUAGUCUGGCUUGACAACGUCAUCUUUGACAAGCCGGCUCCGGAAACCGGCUACCCGGAAGCAUGCCGGCGCUUCAACGAGUAUUACCGGGCGCGGAUCCGAGCUCGAGUGCUGAGCGGGGACCGCCGGGACUCUCUUGUCAGUCGAGAGCAGAUCACGUGGACAGCGCCGUCAGAGCUGUGGGGAGACCAGUUGAGGCUCCACCUGGCAGCUGACGUGUACACCGUUGUUGCUGGGUUUGUGCUACAAGCUAUGGAAGCUUUGCGGAUAUAG